AUUUUAGGAUAAGUGUUUAUUUCUUCUGAAGAACAAAAGCAGUAAUGAAAAACACAUUCUUGGCCAAGAAUAGUCACAACACGUAUAUAUGUAUUCUUAAUUCUUUAUCAUUUAUUUGUUUAGUAAUUGUAUUAUUAUAAACUUCUUUUAGUUCCCACUUCUCUUUGCUCCUUUUUUUUUUUAUGCUGUCCUUCUGAAAACUCAGACUCAUCAGUCAUCACUGUCCAUAAGCUGCACUUCAAUAAUUUGAGCUCCUCAUCUUUCUACUUCUAUGGCGGCUAACUUGUAGUUUCUCAUUCUCAUCAAAUCUUCCUGGAUUUAUUUUUCGUUUAUAUUUUUACCAAAAGAAGAAAUAUUUUCUUUUUUUUUUUUUUUGGAAAAAAACAAACUUAAUAUGUAAUUAUCAAAUAUCGACCCAGCUUUCCUCGUCUAGAGAGAAACAACCCAGAUUAUAGAUCAUCGGUCAAGGCCACUGAAUGACUACUCAGUAAUAAAGGAGGCCAUAUAUCACCACCACUACACCCACUGCGCUGCCACCGGCACCACCAGCAUGGUGGUUUGAUAAAUGAUGAAGAGUAUACGUAAUAAUGAUGAGACAAGGAGGACUAUUAGGUGGAUCAAGAUGUCAAGAUUGUGGAAACCAAGCAAAGAAAGAGUGUGUACAUAUGAGAUGUAGAACUUGUUGUAAAAGCAAAGGGUUUGAGUGCCAAACACACGUCAAAAGCACCUGGAUUCCUGCUUACAGAAGGCGCCUUAGACCUUCGAAUAUUGCUGUUCAACAACAGAAUCCUCAUCAACAGCCACGCACUAAUAGUAACCCUAAAAGACUCAGACUAAGCCCUUUAACAGGAUUAGAAGUUGGGAAUUUUCCAGCUGAAGUGAACUCUAUAGCUACAUUUCGUUGCUUUAGAAUGAGCUCCAUUGAUGAAGAAGGAGAUUAUCAAUUAGCUUAUCAAACAAGUGUGGGAAUUGGCGGCCAUGUGUUUCAGGGUAUCCUUUAUGAUCAAGGUCCUCAUCAAGAAAGCUUCUCUACUCAGUUACUGCAAGACACUAAUAAUAAUAAUAAUAAUUUAACAAGUUCCGGUGCCCUAAUUAGCACUUCUACUGCACUAACAACAGCAAUAACAACAGCAACAACAACAGCAGCUUCCAUUCUCAGUUCUUCAGUUGGUGCAGAGCAUUCAUCAUCAUACCCAUUUCCCCUUAAUGCUUUCACGUCCGGUACGCAACUUUUCCUGCAUCCAAAAAUCUAAUUAAUUAGGGCUUGACGAUGGGUUUUAUUUUAUUUCUGAAUUAGCAGGGAAAAUAAAAGAAGCAAAUGUAAAAUAAAUAAAUAAAAAAAGGGAAAAACCCAUUUCCAGUUCAUCACCAUUGUUGCUAUAUAUUUAUAUUAUCGGUGGCCAUGGGAAUGGAAAUGAUGAAUAAGGGAAGAACGAUUAUAUAUAAUUAAUGUUCAAUAAUUGUUUUGCUUUCUCUCUAUGUAUAAUUUAAUUUAAUAUUCUAACUCAAUUAAAUGAUAUUAAUUGUAUUCGA